ACAUGGUCCUAUAAUCUGAGAUUACUGGUGAAGUGAAGCUGUUCACAUGAUUAGAGAUUAGAGGAAGAGUCAUCAAACUCUUCCAGUGCUUCACAACAACACUCUCACAGACUGCUGAGACAAACAAACUUACGGCUCUUGCAUAUAGCGCUUUUACAACACCCGCAGCCUCAGAAAUACUUUGGUUUAUCUUGUAGCAGUUGGUCAGCCCAAUGGCUUUGCUGAAAUCCGGCUGGCUCUGGAGACAAUCUUCAGUCCUCAAACGCUGGAAACUGAACUGGUGUGACCUGUGGAUAGACGGGAGCUUCGUGUUUUAUAAAACUGAAAGCAGACGAGACUUUGAGACCAGAGUGAAUCUGAAGACCACCUGUGUUAAUGUCAAAUCUGGACUGGAGUGUGCAGGUGUGUGUCCACCUGAGACUCAUCCCAGAGAGAAUCUGCUGGUUGUUCAUUUGAGGGAUGGUUCAGUGCUGACCCUGUGUGCCAACAGUGAAGAUGAGGCCCUAGCCUGGAAACUAACUAUACUGGAGGCUAAGAGAAAUCCUGUUUUCACUUACAAUCCCUGUGAUGAUACGUACCAGACUGUUCCCAUUAACAGCCACAAUGCAGUGUACAUUAUGCCAGGAGAAGGAUGUGGAGGGACUCAGCAUGUGUGGGUGCACAGAGACACUUAUGACAACAACUUUGGAGAGCAGAUCGCACUCGGUCUCUUAGCUGGAAUGGCUGCAGGUGCAGCAAUGCGCUCACUUCUGUGGAUGCCCUUCUGGUUCUGUUAAUGACCAAUCAGACAUCAGAAUGAUCACCGGAGUACCAGCAGAGAGAACAAACCUCAGUGAUAGCAAACUAUUUUCUUCUUGCAUAUAAACAUGUAAAUAUUAGCAUAUACAGAAGCUGUGGCUGUUUUAAACUCAGUAUGGUUCAAGUGUCAGCUAAUGCAUACAUUUUGUUGUACAAUACCAAGCAUUCUGGGUAAAUUGCUCGGAAGCUUAGUUGAUACCCGAUAUAAUACAGUUAAACAAUGGCAAUAAUUCUGUUAGCACAAUAUGCAUAAUGAUUAAGCACACAACUAAGUACAAAAAAAAAUGUCUUUGCUGCUAUGAUUUUCUUUUGAGUAUGUAUUUAUGUUUGUCCAUGAUAUAUAUUCUUUUGCUCAGGGACGAAUUUUUAUUUAUACAUUUUCCAGGAAUAUUGUAAUUUUAAAUUACAUUAUGCAUGAGGUUUGUGAAUGACCAUCAGACCUUUGAUUGCUCUCCAAUUGUAAGACUCACUACUGUGACUUUCCUAGAAUAUGAUGAUUAAGUUAACUCACAAAUGAAAAUCAGGGUUUGGGAAAUGCCUUUGAAUUAUUGGGGACAGAGCAACGUAGAAAACUCUUUUGCAACCUAUACAACUUUCAAACUUUUAUGCAACACUUUAUUUAAAAUUAAAAGGGACACUACACUUAAAAAAAAAAAAUGCUCAUUUUCCAGAGUUAAACAUUUGAUUUUUACAGUUUUGCAAUCCAUUCAGCCGAUCUCCCGGUCUGGCGCUACCACUUUUAGCAUAGCUUAGCAUAAUCCAUUGCAUCUGAUUAGACCAUUAGCGUCACACUCAAA